AACUUAUAUUUUGCAGUCUACUCUCUCUGUACUCAAACAAAGACAAGAAGUUCUAACAGUUAUGGGAAAGAAGAUUGAUGCUCUACUAGGCCUCACGUUUAAGGUUUCAAAGUUCAAACCUGCCAUCAAUCUGGCCAUCUCCAGGAUUUAUGUCCUAAAGAACCAGCGUCGGGCUCGAAUGUCUGUGGCUCAGUCUGAUGUUAUUGAGCUCCUCAAGCUUGGCCAGAACAAGCGAGCUCUCAUUCGGGUUGAGCAAGUGAUCAAAGAGCAGAACAUGUUAGAUGUGUUUGUCAUGAUAGAAGGCUAUUGUCAUCUUCUCAUAGAGAGGCUCAACCUUGUAGAAAAAGAGAAAGGAUGUCCAGAAGAACUGGAGGAGGCGGUAUCAAGCCUGAUAUAUGCUUCUACAAGAUGUGGAGAAUUUCCGGAGCUUCAAGAGAUACGCGCAAUGUUCACAUCAUGUUUUGGGAGGGAGUUCACGGCUAGAGCUGCUGAUUUACGAAACAACUGUAGAGUUGAUUCCAAGGUCGUUGCAAAGCUGUCAACAAGACGGCCAGACCUGGAAAGUAGAAUGAAGGUGCUUAAAGAGAUUGCUUCUGAAAAUGAUAUUGGUUUACAAGAUGAGGAAGAAUCGUCCAUUACAACCGAGAAUAAUUUCAAUGCUAAUUCAAAACAGAACCAGCCUAAAUCAGACCAACAAAACAAAACAGGAGCUAAGCUGGAAGAGAUCUCUUUAGGUUCACUGGAGAAUAAAGAGGAAGUUGAAGGCUUCUCACACUCAAUGAAAGGAGAGAAAAAGUACAGGGAUGUAGCUGAUGCUGCACAGGCAGCAUUUGAAUCUGCGGCUUGUGCUGCAGAUGCUGCAAGGGCAGCUGUAGAACUUUCUCGGUCUGAGUCACAUGAUCCAGAUGAUCAAAUUCCACCAAGUUCUCAUUUGAAUAAAGGAUCUAAGACUCCUGACCCUCGACAACCCAAUUAUCUUGGAGAAAUGCAAAUGGCAAAUGAUGAUGUAGGGUCCAAACAAAUGAAGAAUACAAAAGAAAAUAAAAGAUCAGUAUCUGGUUCAAGUCGAUAUUCUUCUGACAACAUUCUACAAGCAACUGCAUUUCCUACUGAUACAGAGGUACAAACAACAGCAGUCGUGAGGGAAGUAGUAUUUGAUGAAAGUGAUGAUGAAGGAAACACUGAACAACAUGCUAGUUUCUCAACUGGAAUCCAGGACUUGGAAUAUGAGAUGAAACGCGAUUUGCUCGCCAAUAGACCUUCAAAUUAUAACUCUAACACUAUUGAUGUUGACAACACCUCAUAUGGGAUUAAUUCAGAGCCUACCAAAUUUCACAAGAAAUAUCUUUUGAUAUCUCAAGCUGAUUCAGAGUGGAAGCCAGGACAGGAGGCUGCAAACCCCAAAAUUAACCAUGCUCAAAGAUCAAAAGCAGAACAUUCUUUGCGGAAAAACUUGGAGAAUAGGCCUAUGUCAGUGAGGACUAGGUGAGUGUAUCAGCAAUGUCAAUCCAUUGGGCACCAGAAAGUUGUACAAGUUCUGCAAAUUGCAGUAUAAUAGCCCAAGUAUCUGCAUGACAUACAUUUUUAAUAUUCCCCAUUUGACUUCGAUCCCAUCAGCUGAAUAUUUGUGCAUUACAUGUCUUCUCUAAUUUUGCCAUGUGAAUGGUUGUCCAUGUUACUUCUAUAAUGUAAAGAUUUUGCUAUUUCUUGAGGAUCAUAUGAUAUAUACUAUUGUUUUAGUCAGUACUA